AUGGAAGAGGAGCAGCCGGAGGAGAAGUUCUUUGCCUCAUUCGAAAAACACGAACAAUUUGCUGGUUUACAAGAGUCUCUGUUAUCCAAGGAUCUAUUCGAGAAUCCCAAUGAGGAGACUGACAGACACGAAACGGAAACUCUACGUUCGCUGUCAGACAUACUGGACGAAUAUCAAGAACAAUCAUACUUGCUGGAUCCGAUCCUAGAAGGUCUUGUCACUCCCGUAGCAGAGAAAUUAAGGGUGCAUGCAAGAUUGAUGGUCUCAAACCCAUCGCGAACUUCGUCUAUCUCACGAGUCGGUCGCAUUGCGACUUUGCUCUACUUAUACACCAAAUUCCGGGUAAGAUUCUUUCCCCAUGAGGUCACAGACGUUGUUGUUGCUCUGGAGUACAUGAAUCUCCCAGGUAGCGGGACACAAGAAGCUGAACAAUGGGCAUUGCGCUACAUCGUCCUUCUCUGGAUCUCAAUUAUCUGCAUGAUCCCUUUUGACUUGGCUCAGUUCAAUGAUGGCACGAAUGAGGUCUCCUCGCAAAUAGAGGAUGUUGCGAAGAUGCAUCUUGCGAAAGCUGGUCUGGAGCGUGAUGGUGCUGCCAUCCUCCUCUCUCGAUUAUACAUAAGAAAAGACGUCUCUGGACAGUUCCCGCGAUUUCUAAGCGACACUCAGUCUGGAGUUGAAGGGACAGCCGACAUUUUCAAGUGCAUAGGCGCCCUGAAGGUCGUCGCUGAGAUUCUCAAGAUUGGUUCAGCGGAACAAGCUCGAGAUAAUGCACCCUCGAUAUGGAGCCUUUUUAGGGCAAUUGAAACUAAGGAAGCACUAAUGAAUAAUACGCUUGUACGCAAGUUGAGAUCGAAAGUCCUCUCGCGAACAGCACUACGUCUACUACCGGCGAAAUACCAGAUCGUCCGUCUCAAAGGUCGCUCUCUGCUCGGGACGUCUGACGAGCCCCGAUCAGAUAAUGGAGAUGGGGAUCCAGACAUCCCAGAGGACGUGGAGGCUGCCAUCGAGGAGUUGAUGCAAGCCCUUCAGGAUAAGGUCAGUCGUGGAAUCCAGGACACCGUGGUUCGGUGGUCCGCCGCUAAGGGCGUAGCUAGGAUUGCAGAGCGUCUCCCCGCCGAAUUUGGGAAGCAAAUAUUUGACGGUGUACUUGAACUAUUUGCUAUCCAUUCCAUGGCUGCGGCCAAUCUCUACGACCUGCCAGCCAUCGCGGAGUGUACGUGGCAUGGGGCUUGUUUGGCUUGUGCGGAAAUAGCUAGGAGAGGCCUCGUACCGGAUGACAAGCUCACGCAACUAGUUGGUCGCUUAUCUCAGGCCCUCUCUUUCGACAUACGCAAAGGCUCUCAUUCUAUUGGAUCGAAUGUCAGAGACGCCGCGACUUAUGUGCUUUGGUCACUUGCUCGUGCCCAGAAAGCAUCUGCAUUGACACCUCUGGCGGAAGGCCUGGCGCAGAAGCUUGUAACGGUAUCAUUGUACGAUAGAGAAGUUCAAGUUCGAAGAGCGGCCAGUGCGGCGUUUCAGGAGUACGUAGGAAGGACGGGUCUCUUUCCUCAUGGAAUAGAUGUCCUCCGCAAAACAGAUUUCUACGCUGUGGGUGUUCGUCGCAAUGCAUAUCUAGUCGCCGCUCCCGAGGUUGCUGAACAUCCCAUCUAUCGAACAUCCUUGAUUGACCAUAUUCUCUCUGUAUCCUUAAGACAUUGGGAUCCUGUGGUAAGACAGCUGAGCUCACAGUCCCUCAAGGCAAUAUGUGAACUGGAUUUGGUAACUUUGGGUCCGUCGACCGCGAGCCGCGCGUCCAAUCUCCUGCGUUCUGUCGACGUCGACCACAUCAAUGGUGGCUUAUUGGCCUUAGCAGAGCUUGCUGCCGCGUAUGACAGUAUAAGCGCGAUACCGGAACGAGACGCCAGGAAGCGAGAGGUAUUCGCUUACCUGAACCUGGUACCUCUGCAUGCCAUUCAAGCACCCCGGAACACUCCUGUGACGACUGCAGCCUGCUACCUAAUCAGUACAGCGAUAACUUCGGGCGAGAUUCACGACACCGCGGUACCCCAUUGGAAGGAGAUUAUCGAUACUGGCCUUCGACACCGAGACAGCACUGUCCAAGAGCACGCGGCCAAUGCUCUAGCAUCGGUCAGUCGCUUAGUAGAUUGUUCUGUGUCUAGUCUGGGCACGCUUCUGGGGGUCCUUGAUUAUAAGGCGUACCCCCAUAAUAUGCCAGACGUGAUCCAGGAGAUAUACUCCGCUCUGAAAGACGGCUUGGACGAUUAUACUGUUGAUCAGCGCGGCGACGUAGGAUCAUGGAUAAGGAUGGCGUCCGUCAAAGGGCUAACAGAAGUCUCUUCUCUCCUACUGACCCAUGGUGACGCGUUACCCACCCUCGAGGAAUAUCUUCCGCCAGCGCUCUAUCAUGAGGCGAUAGGCGGCAUUUUGAAGCAAGGCGUGGAAAGACUUGACAAUGUACGGCAGACAGCAGGAGAGUACUUCAUCCAACUUCUGUCGCACCCGUUACCACCGGUUCAGAAUGCCGACGCUUGGCGUAUUGACGGGGAGGAUCUAUUCAAGCGGCUCUUUCUUGCGUACGAACACUUAAGGCGCAGGGACUGGAAAGACAGCACUUGGCUCUUCCCAAUGGCAGUGCAAAUACUGGGAGUCACGCGGUAUCGUAAACAGGUUCUGGCUGGCUUGGUUCUAAGCGUGGGCAGUAAGACGGACAGUACUCAACGACCUGUAUCGCAAAGUCUGGUGAAAUAUGCCGAGGGCCUCCCCGUCUCAGCUGGAGAAGGCGAUCACUAUGCUUUGCAAACUUUGGUGGAGGAUUUAUUGAACCAGAUCAAAGCAAACCCCGGGUCCAAUAACGCGGUUAUCCCCGCCCUUCAGACCCUUACUGUGCUUCUUGAGGCCGAAACAUUGGCGAGACUGCAGGAUGUGCCGGACGGCUUAGAUACGUGA